AUGGAAACUUUAUAUAGUCGAUCAAUCUUGGAAACUCUUCCUGAUGAAAUCUUGUUGGAAAUUUGUAAAUAUAUGUUAUGUAUUGAGGUUCUUCAAUCAUUCUGCGGAUUAAAUUCUCGAAUAACACGCAUGAUCACUCAAUAUCGUCACAAUGUUUCACUUUAUAAAGCAACUUUCACUCAAUCCAGUUAUGUAUGCACGAGUGUUCUUCCAAAAAUUGGUUCACAUAUUCGCUCACUAACCAUUGAUUGCUGUUACUCUGUACUACAAGAUGAUUUAUUUAACAAACAUUUUGGCAAUAAAAUGUCGUUAAUGUUUCCUCACUUACAAAAACUUAGUCUUGUGAUGUUUCAAAACGAGCGAUUAGUUGCUUUUCUUGAUAAUUUAUAUAAUUUAAAUGAUCUUGUUGAGCUUCAUUUAUACGAACUCUUUGAUAUUAAUAGAGAACAACAAUCAUUCGUUCUGCAAAAACUACUACAAGCUAAUAAUCAUCAGCUUACGUCAGUAAUAAUUGACGAUCAAUCGAGUUGUUUAAGUUUCAACCAUAAUGACUGCUUCAUCAAUAUUCUUCAACUUCGUAUCAAUAUAAAAACAGUUGCAGAUUUACCUUUUCUCUUUGCUGCCAUCCCCAAUGUUCAUUAUUUGGAUGUGAGGAUUGAGACAAGCGAUGAAGCACCUGUGGAAUUUGAUAAAAUAGUUAUUUCUCCUCUCACUUAUCUUACUGAUUUUCGACUGAAAUCUAGUAGACGCUGUUGGAUAUUACAAGAGCUCUUUAUAUUACUCUGCCAACUACCCAUUCUAGAGCGUCUUUCACUUUUUAUUUCUACCAAUGAUAUAAGUCUUGUUCAAGGUAACACACUUCUAUCAAUGUUUUCCUCAACUGUUCAACAAUUUCAUUAUGCCAUAUAUUAUUUUUAUGAUACUCAAUCUAAUCAAGAUGAGGCGAUUAUUGCCUCUUGGCCACCUUCGCAUCCAAUUUCUUGCAUUGUUAAUGAUAAUUUCAUAUUCGUUUAUACUUUGCCAUGGUCUUUUACACGUCAGACGCUUUACCUGCCAACUGUGAAAACAAUAUUUUCUCAGGCAAAUUCUGCAGCUGGCUGUGACCGUCAACCAGAAGUAGUUGAAAUUGUGAUUAAUAGAAAUUUUACUUUAUCCAGAUAUUUGACAAUUAUGUCACAAUAUCGUCGAAUAAGAGAAAUUAUAAUAUGGAUGAGUAAUAGAGGUGAUGCUGUUGAAGGUAUGCGCGUUUAA